CGAUUCCUAUCGUUAUUAAUUAAUCAAUCAUCUAUUUAAUUUUUCUAAGAUUUGUCUUAUUUAUAAUUUGUUACGUGUUAGAGAUGAGACAACCUGGGCAGUAUGCUGAUUCUGGUGGCAAUGCAUAUGCUGCCGCCCAAAUGCAACGUAUGUCUGGUCAAAGAAUGGAGCACAAGCCCAAUAAUUACCAAGGACGAGCAGAUCAUGUGAAUUCUGAAAGUGAAAAGUCAUAUGGUGGUUUAAAAGGGGAGGGACAAUGGAGAUGGGAACGGGAUGGGUCAUCCCACAUGUUCAAUGAAGGGCAAGGGGCAGAUGCAUCUAGAUCUUAUUAUCAGACCCAGGGUCAAAGAUCUGACCAAAGAUUGGCCCCUGAGAAGCAGGGUAAUGAUCUCAGAUCUCAGCCUCGCGAGGAAGGUAUGGAUAUAGGUUAUGAGGAUGGUGCUGCAGGCCAGACUUUCGAAGGUCUUGAGCAAAGAUUUUAUGAUGAUAUAUUGAAACUCACCAAAGAACAGAACGAUGCGGAGGAUGCUGAAAAUGCACGGCACCGAGAGAGAAUAAAUGCAAUAAACACUCAAUAUGAGGAACAGCUGGCUGCACUUCGAGCCAGGCACACUAAUCGUAGAGAUGAAUUUCUCCGGAGGGAAUCACAAGCGCGGCAACAACAAUACCAGCAAGCUGCAAUGGAACAACAACAUGCCAGUAGUGCCGUUGGAUUUAGUGAACCCCAUGGUUACAGUGGCGGAGAGUCUCUAGCACAUAGAGCAGCCUAUAAUACCCCUCAUGUAGAUUCUUACAGAGACAGGCCUCGGUUCGCUGGAGGUAAUAGGGAUUCUAGAGACCCCGGAUUUGAGCCCAGAGGGCAGUAUCCUGGUGGGCGUGUUUAUGGUUCUGGAUCACGCUAUUACUGAUGAUUUCAUAUACAUCAACUAUGUUAUCAUCUCUGUAGUAGUAAAAUUGCUUAUGGGACAUGAAAACUUGAGUUUUCAAUGAGGUUAGUGUUUAGAAUAUAGCUCGGGCUGGUGUUCUUGAGAGAGUAUGUUCUGGGUACGGCGAUGUAGUAGUUUUGUUUUGUUACUUGUUAAUUGUUUCGGACUUUCGGUUACUUCUCUAAUAUAUGUGAUCACAUGCAUUUGAGGAUUCUGUACGAGUUUAUUCAUGAAGAUUAAUAAUUUAAUAGUGUUAAAA